GGGUUUCAAGAUGAUGCCGCGCCUGCGCCUGCGCCUCCGCCCGCGCCCGCGCCUGCGCCUCCGUCUCCACCGGGUGCGGCGCCUGCAAGAAGGUCCGCAGGUAGUCACUUCCGCCGGGGCUGCCCUCUGCAUCCGGGUCAGCGACGCCGCUACCGCUACUGCUGCAUCUGUGGCCGGGGUCCUGGGCUCGAGUCUCCACUGCGGUCCGAGGGGAGCGGGCUCCGCUCGGCGCUACCUUCUGCGACCUGGCCGUCAGCCCCACGUCGCCGGCCUGGAGGGGCGAAGAAGACGAGGGGGCCAAGGCUUCCUCCGGGGACAUUGGCUCUCUGGAUUAUCAGGAGUUUGUAGUUGACAUUGAGUCCAAGCUAAGGAUGGAAGGUGUAGAACUUAAGGAAGAAUGGCAAGAUGAAGAUUUUCCAAUACCAUUACCAGAAGAUGAUAGUAUUGAAGCAGAUAUAUUAGCUGUAACUGAACCAGAGAACCAGCCUGGCUCACUAGAAGUUAAUGGAAAUAAAGUAAGAAAGAAACUAAUGGCUCCAGACAUUAGCCUGACCCUGGAUCCUAGUGAUGGCUCUGUGUUGUCGGAUGAUUUGGAUGAAAGUGGGGAGAUUGACUUAGAUGGCUUAGAUACACCAUCAGAGAACAGUAAUGAAUUUGAGUGGGAAGAUGAUCUUCCAAAACCCAAAACUACUGAAGUUAUUAGGAAAGGCUCAAUUACCGAAUACACAGCAGAGGAGGAAAAAGAAGAUGGACGACGCUGGCGUAUGUUCAGAAUUGGAGAACAGGACCACAGAGUUGAUAUGAAGGCCAUUGAACCCUAUAAAAAAGUUAUCAGUCAUGGAGGAUAUUAUGGGGAUGGAUUAAAUGCCAUUGUUGUGUUUGCUGUCUGUUUUAUGCCUGAAAGUGGUCAACCUAACUAUAGAUACCUGAUGGACAAUCUCUUUAAGUAUGUUAUUGGCACUUUGGAACUAUUAGUAGCAGAAAACUACAUGAUAGUUUAUUUAAAUGGUGCAACGACGCGAAGGAAAAUGCCUAGUCUGGGAUGGCUCAGGAAAUGCUAUCAGCAGAUUGAUAGAAGGUUACGGAAAAACCUAAAAUCUCUAAUCAUCGUACAUCCCUCUUGGUUUAUCAGAACACUUCUGGCUGUUACAAGACCGUUUAUUAGCUCAAAAUUCAGCCAAAAAAUUAGAUACGUCUUUAAUUUGGCAGAACUAGCGGAACUUGUCCCCAUGGAGUAUGUUGGCAUACCAGAAUGCAUAAAACAAGUUGAUCAAGAGCUUAAUGGAAAACAAGAUGAACCAAAAAGUGAACAGUAAGUUUGGCAUCUAGUCCAAACAAGACUGAAGAAUGUGCUGAUGAAGCAGUGCUCUUUUUUGCAUUUACAAUGCAUUUAUUGGCCCUGAUUUUUAUGUAACCUGUUACAAAAUCAACUUGACUUUUUCUCAAUGGACUUUUGUAUAAGGGACUGUUCACUACUGUUUUGGUUUGUAAAUCUCUUGAAUUUAGCUCUUUACUAGCUAAUGAUAAUGUAAUCAUUUUAUAUUUUAUAUUGCUUAAAGCAGAGAUCCACACUUUAUAUAAAGUGGUUUUUGCAUUUGUUUAUUGAAUGAUGCGUCUUCUUCAGUAAAAUAUUUAUAUGCCUAAUUGGUCAAGGAAAGAGAUAAUAUAUAUUUUUAUGUUUUGAGCAAUAUUUUUUAAUGUAUACCUGUCUUUUGGAAGAAUAUGCAGAUAAAUAAGACCAUGAUUUUGUAAAGUGCAUGUUAGAAUUUUUGUGUUUUAUAAAUGGCUAACUACAUUUCUUGGGUAACUUAAAAAAAGGAAGUGGCUCAUAAGGUUAGGGACAAUUAAACUGAUUCUCAUGAAUACCCAAAGGUCAUGCAUAUAAUCUAAGUAGAUUAGUACCAUCCUAAGCUUUUUUAAUCACUUAACAUAUAUUGUUCCUUAAUUCAGAAGCACAAUUACAAGUGUAAUGCACACUUUUUCCUUUUUAAACUUAAAGACAACUUAAAAAGCCAGUUUUAGAACUGGAGAAUUUAAGAGGGUAAGAAUUGAUGUUUGUACAUAUAUGUAUAUAUAUGGGACAUUUUAUUUUCUGGCCAAAAGACAGACCUUUAUAAAAAUCUUAGAUUUGUUCACUAAUGUGAAAUAAGCUGCUUCCAGGGUAUCACUGUUGUGAAUUUGUGUGGGUGCAGUGUACUAUUCAGAGAACAUGAUGAGUUAUUCACUGUCACUACUUUUUUGUAGAAAACAGGAGCUGCUUUUUUAAUUGCUCCCAGUGUGGGCACUUUACCAUAAUACUUCCAUAUCAGUUAUUUGGACUUGGUAGUCAGAUACAGUAUGUUUUCACAUUUCCUAUAAGUUAAGCUAUUUUCUAAAUCAUAGAGCAUCAUUGUAUUAUACUGUUUUGGAUGACACAUUUGAUAUAGCAUAUAAACUCCUUGUUUAAUUUGGUAAAUACCUUGACUCUACAUUGAAAUCAAUUGUACUUAUGCCUCGAAAAAGAACUAAAUUUACCCACAAAGUCAUCCUAAAAGCAGAUUGGUCUAAUGUUGUGUCAUAUACUUGUGUGACUCAUACAUUUGGUAAACUCCAAAUUUGAGGGUCACAUCACAUUCCAGUCCUUCUUAUAAGGUAAUUUACAAGAGUGUCCUGGAGUAGCAUAAUUGAAGUGGAUGAGAGCUAAACUUUUAAGAUUCAUUCUAUUCUGGACUGAAGACACAUGUGGCUUUUACCAUUUCCGCUUUUAGUAUAAAGUUCCUAUUACAAAAGGGAAUUUUUCUUUACCUUUUGUGCUCUUCAGUCAUAAACUUGCAUGCUAACUUAAAUCCAAUGAAGGGGGAUGUUGGAGGAUUCCCAGGACGAGAUGCCCUCAGGGCCUCCUGACUUGACUUGGAUCCAGCAGCUAUAGGCAGAUCCCAAACUAAUGUCACUAUAGUGAAUAAAAUCAAGCCCUUAUUGUUGCUUAAAUGUUAGAAACACUUUGUACUGAAACACCAAAUUAACAUUAAUUUAGGUAUUCCUUCUGACUUCACUAUAUAAGAAUGAUGAGAAUAAAGGAUAAUACUGAAUUUAAUUGUGAUUAGAAUCUAUAUUUGUAGAGUGCUUUAGCCUUUUAUCUACAGGUCUUCAUCUGGCUCAGAAUGGGCUGAGCUUUAUUAAAAUGGGUGGUUUUCCUCUA